CUGUUCCCUUGGGAGGAGAGUCAGCCUAAAUGGUGCAAUGCCUUCCUGUUCUUUGUAGGAUAUCAUGCUGGCUGAUUACAACUGAGAGCAUGCAGAGGCCCAGGCAGCACCAGCGGGGCAGGCGUGUGACGGCGUGGGGGCUGCUCUAACCAGUGGGCGCGCUACAAUAUGGGCCAGUGCGUCACCAAGUGCAAGAAUCCUUCUUCCACUCUGGGUAGCAAAAAUGGCGACCGGGAGGCCCACGGCAAAGCUCACGGGAAGCGGAGCACCAAUCACAAGGAGGAACUUAGCCUGGUUGGCAGGAAACCCUCUGGAGAUAUUCUGGUCAACGGGACGAAGAAGGUAGAUGCUGCUAUAGAAUCCAACCAGCCUCCCACUUCCUCUGGAGAUGCCCGGAAGGAGCCCGUCUCGGGCUCCGAGGAAUCGUUCCUCCACAGAACUGAGGAAUUGUUCAGGAGAUACAAGGACGAGCGAGAAGACGCCAUAUUGGAGGAAGGCAUGGAGCGUUUUUGCAACGACCUCUGUGUUGACCCCACGGAAUUCAAAGUGCUCGUGCUGGCUUGGAAAUUCCAGGCGGCUACUAUGUGCAAAUUCACACGGACGGAGUUCUUUGAGGGUUGUAAAGCAAUAAAGGCAGACUGCAUCGAUGGGAUUUGCGCCCGGUUUCCCGGCCUCCUGACCGAAGCCAAGCAAGAAGACAAGUUCAAAGACCUCUACCGGUUCACGUUCCAGUUCGGCCUGGACUCGGACGAAGGCCAGCGGUCACUCCACCGGGAAAUAGCCAUCGCUCUCUGGAAGCUGGUGUUCACCCAGAACAAGCCUCCCAUUUUGGACCAGUGGUUGCACUUCUUGACCGAGAACCCUUCGGGUAUCAAGGGGAUCUCCCGAGACACCUGGAACAUGUUCCUUAAUUUUACUCAGGUCAUCGGGCCGGACCUCAGCAAUUACAGCGAGGACGAGGCGUGGCCCAGUCUCUUUGACACUUUUGUGGAAUGGGAAACGGAGAGACGGAGGAAGAGGGAGGAAGAGGAGGGUCCCACGCGCCUGGAGGACUUACAGACAGGGUCCCCGUGUACAGACCAUCACGCGGCCUAA